AUGUCUCCCGGCUACCGCCAAAACCCAACGACUUUCCCGCUUUGGCCGGGUUGCCUAAAUCCAAUGUCAGUAGGCCAUUGUUGCAAGUUGCCAACCUGGAAAGCAGCCGUUGUAGCAGUACUCGUCAGUCGCCGUUCUACGUUUCUCGUCCCCCCCAGCACCCCCGACACCAACUCACCACUCUCACACAAUACCGUUUUGAGUCUUUCUCCCCCCUAUGAACCGUCAAAUCAAGGCCCAGGAAAUCUCUGCCCACCGGCUGGUUUUGUUGUAUGCCACUGUCUGCGCGGAAACCACACGUAUCAGCGCACAUAA